AAAUCGGUAAAAUUAGGUGAUGGCUGAUCAAAAUGUUCAUGACGUUCAAAUGCGGUAGCCAGGAGAACGCAACCGAGAUGCACGACGUUCACGCGACAGAUCGCAUGGGCCGGCCUAAUAACACAUCCCAUGUAGCGUGCAAUUCCUGCCGCAAGAAAAAGCUUCGAUGCAGCCGCGAGAAAGUGGGAUGUCGUCGGUGCCAACAGCGCGGCACACGAUGUGUAUACGAUACCCAGAAGAGUCGAGGGGGUAGCAACAACAAGCGGCACGAAGUGACAUCAGCUGAGGCUGAGCGUCCAGAGAUAACAGGCGGAGAUAAUGGUAGCGAUCAGCAACCUGAGACAGUUGCUCAAGGGAGCGGACACCCUUGGGAUGAUGAUGAUUCGUCUUGCAUCCAAGUAGCAGUUCCCAGCAUAGCACCGGCACCGACACAGCAAUCUCAAGGUCAAGCGGUGUCAUCCAGCUCAGAUGUCGGAUCACGCAACGACAGCGGCACCACUACCACCACCAAGGGAAGCAGCAGCGAUCGUAGCAAUAGAGAGAUUGCACGCCAGAGUGGGCCUCAAAUCCAGCAAGACAGUUUUCAGCAGGUUGUUUCUCAAACAGGUGCAGUAGAGCAAAAUACUCAGACUAUUGCAACAUGUCCCGAAGACUCUGAUACCGGAUUCUUCCUUGACUUUGCGGAAGAAUAUUUGAACAAUACGCACGGUGGCUUUGUUGAACUACUUGAUCCAUUCGAUCCGGAUGGGCUUCUCUCGCACAACCACAUGCCAGUUGAAAAUUCGUCCAAUCCCACAUUGACUCAAGUCGGCAAUUUCAACAACAAGGAAAGAGGAUCAGGCGGUUCAAGUCGCGCGUUUAGCUACGACUCAAGCCAGUACCAGGCGCUCGCUCCCCUGGACCAACCGAUGCGGACCUCCUCUUCCAAGUCUAGUAGUGUCUCCUACUCCAAGUCUAGCAGUGUCUCCUACUCCAAGUCUAGCAGCGCCUCCUACUCCAAGUCAAAUGUAUCUGACUCAAAUCGAACACCAUCUUCAGGCUCGUCACGUAACGGCAUGGACAUCGAUACAGAUUCAUACGAGGAUUCCAGCAACAGCUACGACGAUGGAGACUGCGAAUGCAUGGACAUGGCUCUACAGAUCCUCGAAGAAGUCGUCAUACCCCCUGUAGGUGCCGACUGGGCUAUGGCGGAGAACACAAUGUUUCUUCUCAAAAACAACAUUUCUCGGUGCCUCGUCCUGUCCCAAUGUCGCGGGUGCCGACAAGAGUCAGGCAUCUGUAUGCUAACACUGGUGAUAUAUGAGAAGCUCAUGACUGGGUUUGAGGAGGUCGCACAAUGGUGGAGCAAGCAAGGCCAUCCUCAAGGAGCCCGGGGCGAUAGCCGUAGUCGCAGAGAAAGACAUCAUCAGCCACAGCAGCAACAGCAAAAAGAACAACAACAGCAGCCGCAACAACACCAAAGAUCGUCUGGGUCGAAGCAACUCCAACAAAAAACCCGGAUUACAAUGGGGAAGUAUCAGAUCGAUACUGCCGAAGAGCACCGUGCUGUGUUUGCGACCAUCAUUACCUGCCAACUGCAACGACUCGCCGGGCUUUCAUUGUUGAUGAUGCAACAUAGCAAGAAGGCAAAAUGGCUGGCGCAUGUGCAAUAUGGAGAAGGACUGCGUCUCAGGAUAAAGAAACUGGAGAAGACAUGGAAAUGUUGA